AAGCAAGCGUGCGAAUUGAAGUCUUGAAGAAGUAAUUGAAGUGUGGGAUCGGUUCUGAACUCCAUUAAUCACCAUUGAUGAACAUUGAAUAUAGAGAGGAAUUGUAGAUUGGUGCUUAUGGGUAACGCCUGUGGCCGUUGCGCAACCGACAGGUACUCCCGCAAGAAUAGGAAGAACGGUAGCAGCGGCCCUUUUAAAUAUGACCAGCCUGACCAGACAACUGCUCAGCCUCAGUCUGAGUGUCACACCCAGAGCUCAACGUCGACGUCAAUGGCUUCUCUCCCAUACGCCGUUGUUGAUUGCAGCUUGAGGACCUUGGCCGGAAAGGCCGAGGGUUUCGGCCGUUUCUCAAUCGGUGGUCUUAACGGACCCCUCUAUCACGUCACCACUUUAGCAGAUGAUGGUCCUGGAUCACUUCGUAAUGGAUGUCGUCAAAAAGAACCACUUUGGGUUGUUUUUGGAGUUUCGGGAACCAUUGAGCUUUCAUCUUACUUGAAUGUAUCAUCAUACAAGACAAUUGAUGGCCGGGGCCAAAGGAUAAAACUCACCGGCAAAGGUUUAAGGCUGAAGGAAUGUGAACAUGUAAUUAUAAGCAAUCUGGAGUUUGACGGUGGUAGGGGACCUGAUGUUGAUGGCAUUCAAAUAAAACCCAAGUCAAGGCACAUAUGGAUAGACCGUUGCAGCUUGCGGGAUUAUGACGAUGGACUGAUUGAUAUCACACGUGAAAGUACAGAUAUUACUAUUUCAAGAUGUCACUUUUCGCAGCACAACAAAACUAUGCUUAUUGGUGCAGACCCCAAUCACACUGGAGACAGAUGCAUGCGGGUGACCAUUCACCAUUGCUUUUUUAAUGGAACCCGACAGCGUCAUCCUCGUGUUAGAUUUGGGAAGGUUCAUCUGUACAACAAUUACACCAGAAAUUGGGGCAUAUAUGCUGUGUGUGCUAGCGUAGAGUCACAGAUACACUCCCAGUGCAACAUAUAUGAAGCCGGGCAGAAGAAGGUGGCUUUUAAAUAUCUUACAGAGAAGGCAGCUGACCGAGAAGAAGGUGGUUCAGGCUGCAUAAAAUCUGAAGGGGAUCUGUUCCUUAAUGGAGCUCAAGCCGGUCUAUUGACAGGGGUAGAGGGGGGAAGUAUGUUUCAUCCAAGUGAACACUACCAGACUUGGACCAUGGAAGCUCCUUCAGAUACUCUAAAAGAAGUUCUCCAACUCAGUACAGGAUGGCAAUCCAUUCCAAGGCCACCAGAAGAAACAGUAGACCGCUAGCAUGCUCAACAGACCACAAAUACACCUUAUAUAUGUUACCUUUCUUUAUUUUCUGGUAUAUUCUGAAUAUAUUUGAGUGUAGUUGCAACUUGCAACUAGCAUCCUUCUCUU